AUGGGCCAGUCAAUGAAGGGCAACGGUGGCUUGAUGGUGGCCUUGGCUCAGGCAUUGGCAAUGGACAUGACACCCUUCAAGGAGGCGGUCUUCGAGACGUUGUGUGCUGCGGCGCAGUGGCCAUCUCUGAAGGGGCGUAUUGCCGGGUCAGGUGUCCUGGGUGUGAUUACAGCCACACUGCUCUCGCCGCGGCACCCGGCCACAGUGAAGGCGCUCAUGGUAAGGCUCUGUGGCCUUCUGGCUGCAGACUCGCUGGAGGCCAUCAGCCUGGGCGAUGCCCGACGUGCUGAGGAGUUUUCGAAGCUGAGGGGCCAGCUGAUUUCAUCCGGUGGAAUCAAGGCCAUCGUGGCCCUGUUGGCAGCUUCUGAAGGUCCGGCCGCCGCCGCAGCUGCCACAGCAGUCGUGCAACUCGCCUUGGCAGGGGAUGCUGCCAUCCGUACCGAGCUACUACAGGCAGACGCUACCACGGCACUGCUCCGCUGUGCAGCUCGUCUGUCAAAGGCCGGGACGGAGGAGAUGUCUGACAGUGACGCAGAGACGGAGGAGGACGCAGCCCCAGAGGCUGCAACAGCUGCGCUUGCCCGUCUCUUGGCGUUUGACGGCGACGGCUGUCAGGAGCUCUUGGCGCCGGUACUGGAGCCCGGUGCCCUCAAGGACUUUUGCGAAGCAUUGCACAGCAACGGCCAGCGCAGAGCAUUGGAGCAGGUCCUGCGAUGCUUAGAUCUGGCAGGGUCCCGGCACGAUGCCUGGCCUGCUUUGCAAAAGGAUCUGUGCGAGGACCUUCGGAAGAUGCUGGUCCUGCACCGGAGCGAUGCAGCUGCGGCUUACCUCCAAGCGCUGAUGUCCCACUUCGGAGAGGAAGCGACGCUACGCAGCUGCGGCGACCCGAAGUCCCUGCGGCGGGCCCUGGAGCCCCUUUCCGGCCCCGGAGCCUCCGCUCUGAAGGCGACUUUGGGGCAGUGA